UGCCCCUCGCACGAGGAUCACACUCACCGGCGGGGACGCAGCAUCCUAGAGGCUGCGGACGCGCCCGCUCCGCUCCUGCUAGGAGCAGCCAGUCCACAGGACCUUCCGCGCGCUGCAACCCCGAGGCGGCUGCCGGAAUUCCGGAGGUGCCAGGCGCUCCGGCGGUUCUCGGCAAACUUUUCCCCAGCCCACGUGUCAGCGAGGCGGCUCGCUUCCCGAGCCCGGGAUGGAGCGCCGCGCCUAGGCGCGGCACCGCCGGAGACGUUCAAGGCGGAGAGAUGCUGAUAGGGUCAAACUGACCAGUGCAGCCCCUGAACUAGUGGCGUCUCUCCGUCUGCAUUUUCCGCAGCACCGCUGUUGGCGCCGGCUCCUCGCAUGAGCCCUCCAGUUCCCCGACUUUGAGAGGCGUCUCUCCCCUGCCCGACCGCCCAGAUGCAGUUUCGCCUCUUCUCUUUUGCCCUCAUUAUCCUGAACUGUAUGGAUUACAGCCACUGCCAAGGCAACCGAUGGAGACGCAACAAGCGAGCUAGUUAUGUAUCAAAUCCCAUUUGCAAGGGUUGCUUGUCUUGUUCAAAGGACAAUGGAUGCAGCCGAUGUCAACAGAAGUUGUUCUUCUUCCUUAGAAGAGAAGGCAUGCGCCAGUAUGGAGAGUGCCUGCAUUCCUGCCCAUCAGGGUACUAUGGACACCGAGCCCCAGAUAUGAACAGAUGUGCAAGAUGCAGAAUAGAAAACUGUGAUUCUUGCUUUAGCAAAGACUUUUGUACCAAGUGCAAAGUAGGCUUUUAUUUGCAUAGAGGCCGUUGCUUUGAUGAAUGUCCAGAUGGUUUUGCACCAUUAGAUGAAACCAUGGAAUGUGUGGAAGGAUGUGAAGUUGGUCAUUGGAGUGAAUGGGGAACUUGUAGCAGAAAUAAUCGCACAUGUGGAUUUAAAUGGGGUCUGGAAACCAGAACACGGCAAAUAGUUAAAAAGCCUGCAAAAGACACGAUACCAUGUCCAACCAUCGCUGAGUCCAGAAGAUGUAAGAUGGCCAUGAGGCAUUGUCCAGGAGGGAAGAGGGCACCCAAGGCAAAGGAGAAGAAGAACAAGAAAAAGAAGAGGAAGCUGAUAGAAAGAGCCCAGGAGCAACACAGCGUCUUCCUAGCUACAGACAGGGCUAAUCAGUAA